ACUGUCUGGUCUGUUUUCUGCAAGCAAGAGUGACAAUCUGCUCUAAGGUUCCGGGGACGUUGGAAGGUAACUCUGUUGCCUCAGCUCUUUUUGCUGUUGCUGCAGGCCAAGGUGCUGGCCAGGUCUAGCCUGCUAACUACAGGGAGCUUUCAGCUAUAUAUAGAGAUACCGGUCUGUAGCUGCUUGGUUUACCAGCCCAGCCCUUCUAUGGAAGAAAUGGAAGAAGAGUUAAAAUGUCCGGUCUGCGGUUCUUUCUACCGAGAGCCUAUCAUUCUGCCUUGCUCUCACAAUUUGUGUCAAGCGUGCGCCCGCAACAUCCUGGUUCAGACCCCGGAGUCUGAGUCUUCUCAGAGCCGACGGGCCUCGGGUUCUGGGGUCUCUGAUUAUGACUAUCUGGACAUGGAUAAGAUGAGUCUGUACAGCGAAGCGGACAGCGGCUAUGGCUCCUAUGCUGGUUUCGCCAGUGCCCCCACCACUCCGUGUCAGAAAUCUCCCAACGGAGUCCGAGUGUUUCCCCCGGCCAUGCCACCGCCUGCGGCCCACUUGUCAACAUCUCUGGCCCCAGUGCCGCGCAACUCUUGCAUCACUUGUCCACAAUGCCACCGUAGUCUGAUUCUAGAUGACCGGGGAUUGCGCGGCUUUCCUAAAAAUCGCGUUCUGGAAGGAGUCAUCGAUCGCUAUCAACAGAGCAAAGCUGCGGCCCUAAAGUGCCAGCUCUGCGAGAAGGCGCCCAAAGAGGCUACAGUAAUGUGCGAACAAUGCGAUGUUUUUUACUGCGACGCUUGUCGGCUCAGGUGCCACCCCCCUAGGGGACCUCUGGCUAAACACCGGCUAGUGCCCCCAGCCCAAGGCCGGGUUAGUCGGAGGCUGAGUCCCCGCAAAAUUUCCACUUGCACAGAUCAUGAGCUGGAAAACCACAGUAUGUAUUGCGUCCAAUGCAAGAUGCCUGUGUGUUACCAGUGUUUAGAAGAGGGCAAGCAUUCUAGUCAUGAAGUCAAGGCUUUGGGAGCUAUGUGGAAGCUGCACAAGAGCCAGCUCUCCCAGGCUCUGAAUGGAUUAUCAGACAGAGCGAAAGAAGCAAAAGAAUUCCUGGUGCAACUGAGAAAUAUGGUUCAGCAAAUCCAGGAGAACAGUGUUGAAUUUGAAGCUUGUCUGGUGGCCCAAUGUGAUGCUCUCAUUGAUGCUCUCAACAGAAGAAAAGCUCAGCUGCUUUCUAGAGUCAACAAGGAACAUGAAUACAAGUUAAAGGUUGUACGAGAUCAGAUAUCUCACUGUACAGUAAAAUUGCGGCAAACUACUGGUCUCAUGGAGUAUUGCCUGGAGGUUAUCAAGGAAAAUGACCCCAGUGGGUUUUUGCAGAUUUCUGAUGCACUCAUUAGAAGAGUGCACUUGACUGAGGAUCAAUGGGGAAAAGGGACUCUUAUGCCAAGGAUGACAACAGACUUUGAUUUGAAUCUAGACAACACACCUCUGCUGCAGUCCAUCCACCAACUUGACUUUGUACAAAUGAAAGCUUCCUCUCCAGUCCCAGCAGCCCCCCUUCUACAGUUGGAAGAUUGCUGCACACAUAACAACAGUGCUACAUUGUCAUGGAAACAGCCACCUCUGUCAACAGUGAUGGUAGAAGGAUACAUUCUGGAACUGGAUGAUGGAAAUGGCGGUCAGUUCAGAGAGGUAUAUGUUGGAAAGGAAACAAUGUGCACAGUGGAUGGUCUUCACUUCAACAGCACAUAUAGUGCUCGAGUCAAGGCAUUUAACAAAACAGGAGUCAGCCAAUACAGCAAGACCUUGGUCCUUCAGACAUCUGAGGACACAGAUUCUGAAGAACAGACUCUCACUUUUCCAUCACCUUCAGAAAGAUUACAGCUCCGUAGGAUGGGUCCUUUCUCAUCAACCCUUAAUCUACAACCCAGCCUUUCUGGAAGAUCCUGCUUUGAUAUGCUAUCUUCAUCCCACCAGCUGAGUCUGCAUUCUUCUUUACAGUCUCUGAAUGUGUCAGGAUGCAAUUUUGAGACACAAUCCUCACCUUAUUCUCAACUAGUUGCCUGGUUUGCAUUUGAUCCUGGUUCUGCACACUCUGACAUUAUCUUCUCCAAUGACAACCUGACUGUGACCUGCAAUAGCUAUGAUGAUCGGGUUGUGCUAGGGAAGACUGGCUUCUCUAAGGGAGUUCACUACUGGGAGCUAACAGUUGAUCGUUAUGACAAUCAUCCAGAUCCUGCUUUUGGUGUGGCUUGCAUUGAUGUGAUAAAGGAUAUGAUGUUAGGAAAAGAUGACAAGGCUUGGGCAAUGUAUGUGGACAAUAAUCGGAGCUGGUUCAUGCACAACAACUCACACACCAACAGAACUGAGGGGGGGAUCACAAAGGGUGCCACAAUUGGAGUCCUUCUUGACUUAAAUAGAAAAACCUUAACAUUUUCAAUCAAUGAAGAUCAACAAGGUCCUAUUGCCUUUGAGAAUAUGGAGGGUCUAUUCUUUCCUGCUGUCAGCCUAAACAGGAAUGUACAGGUAACACUUCAUACCGGACUGCCAGUACCUGAUUUUUACUCCAGCAGGGCAUCAAUAGCAUAACAAGAGCCCUAUUCAGAAGCCAGCUACCUUUAUUCAUCCCUAGUUGAAAGUCGCUAAAUUUAUUCAAGACCUGAUGACAGUAAGGGGGGAAAUUUGGAUGGUUCAGAGACUGUUAAUAUCAACUAAGAAGUUGGAAGAGUAAAGCUGGUCUUCCACAUUCUUUGUAUUCUAUAACUCUGCCAUGUAUUCUCUCAAUAUCUCCAAUGUUAACAUGUCUGCAUCAGCUUUGGUGUUUAGCUCUUUUGAUCAAUAAUAUACCUGGGUAUACUGCAAUGUUACUCUGUGUCUAAUUUAGGGUUUUUUCUGUUAUUUCAUUUGGACUUUAAUUUAGGUGAGCUGUUUUUUCUUCAUGAUAGUGCUGCCAUACUAGGAGAAAAUAUUCAUGCUUACUUUCCCCAAGUUUUCCCUAAAAGUGUCCUAUACUAUAAGUAAAAUUGACUUGAAAAGAAAAUUUAAAGAUGUGGUCAGUUUAUUCCUUAUUGAGUUCUGUGUGUAGAUACAUGUAUUCUAAGUAUUAGAGUCAUAACUUAGGCAAAGAAACUAAGGAUACCAAGAAAGGGUGAUCUAGAUAUUUUUUCAGAGCUUUGAUAUUUAGAAGGAGCAAAAAAUAUAAAUAAUUUCAAAAGAUUACAAUUUUUAAAUUGCUUACACUUCCAUUUUUUCUAUAAUAUCAUUUGUCCCUCUUGAUAUAGGAAUAAUAAUUAGUCAUAUUACCAAAUAGCUUGCUUUGUUCCACAAACCAAGUCAGUUCUUCCUACUCAGGCUAUCUUGCUAUCCAAUGGCCUCCCCAAUAUUACCCUUGUGGUAUCCUGGUAUCUUCCUCUUUAUGGACUCUGUUGCUCUACAAAGAUCAGGGUUCCAGUUUCUAUCCUAUGUUUCCACAUGGUGGUAUUAAAUUUUACCUCCACCUCCACCAUGGUGGAAUCUCUUUCUUAAGGCUUUUCUGCUCAUUUUGCAAUCCUCUGAGAGGAUACCUAAUAUGCCUAUUGUUGAGGUCUUCUAUCCCUACUUUUAAUUUGCGAUUACAUUUAGUGAUAAGAUUGUUAGUUAUGGCUCUACUAAAUAAUAAAUGAUUUUGUUGUAAAUUAGCAUAAUAAUAUCAGUUAUUUAAAAAUAAAACUCUACAAUUAGAAUUAGUCAAUCUCUGAAGUGACUAAUUUCUUGUGAUGGUACAUGGUAUCAGCAGAAUGGAACUUUAAAAAUUACAUCCAAAAUAGUCUUUCAUUUUAGUCCCUACUGAAAAUGGUAAUAACAGCUACCAUGGCAGACCUCUACAUGUAUUUUCAGUUCUUCUGAUACCUAUUAUGCCACUCCCCAAUCCCUACCUGGAAUUGUGCCACCGUAUAUCAUGGAGUCUGGUCCAAAUGAUAUUGGUUCUUCAAUAUGUCAAAAGUGAAAAGAAAGUCAAGCUUUAAAAUAAUAGCUCUGUGAGGGUACCAAUUGUUCUUUGUGGUAGAGCAAAUUUGCCAUUUUUCAAUAUCAUCUGUAGCAGAACAGAGCAGAGCAUCUAUCCAUACAAAUGUACAUUCCCCACAAAAUAUCUCAAAUUGUCAUCCAUGGUAUUUAUAUUCUCAGGAAUGUCCCACUCAUGCUUACUAUAAAUAAAAAUGUUAUUUUACACUGCUAUUGCUCGCAAUUUAACUUUCUGGGAUAAUUCUAACUAAAGAGGAAAAAAACAAGUUAUGUAUAACUCCAGAAUGUUAACUCUUGCUAUUUAUGUAUAAAUUAAUUGCAUGAUAUUUGCAAUGACAUUUCUUUGCUUUUCUUUAUUUCACAAAGUAUGUUAAACAAACUUUAAGAAAGAGUGGAGAGAAGUCAUGUUUAGUUGUACAAUGAUUUAUUUGCCAAUGUAUCAAGAAGUUCGGUCAGUAAUAAAUUCAAAUGGGGGAAAUGGCAAAAAGAAGUUAGCUAACACAUUAGUAUUAUAGGAAAAAGGCUGUAAAUAACCACUUUUAACAUUCAAUUUUUACCUGUUACAUUGUUCUUCAAGGUUAAAUUGGCCUAAUGUAUUGAAUGGGUGCUAUUUGUUUACAUCCAUUUUGGUUUUUCUUCACUACAGAAAAACUCUGUUGCAGGACAACACUAGUUUGAUAUUUGUUUUAAUUUCCAAUGAAUUUCGAUGGCUGGACCACUAUAGACUCAUAGUAACUGUUAUUUCCUUAUGAAAUUGUAUCUGCUAAUUAUAUUUCUAGUAUUACUAAUACAUUAUUUAUUGUGUUUGUAGCUGCAUAUACCUGCUGUGCUAAGAAAUUAUCACACUUACUGUUCCAAUAAAUAAUAUUUAUGGGAGAA